AUGACAAAACAAGCGAUAUUUCUUCAUUAUUUUCUAAUAUCUAUUUUAUCCAUAAAUUCUCAACAACUUCAAUGGAUUUUACUUAGCGAUGGUUCAAGUGGAGAUACACCAAUGCCAAGACGUGAUGCUGCACUUGGUUAUGAUUCUGUAUUUCUUAUUUUAUAUGGUGGUCGUGAUCAAUCUGGAAUGCCUCGUCAAGAUAGUUAUGCAUUCAAUCUUCUUCAAGGUCUAUGGGAACCACUUAAUUUUCCAAAUGCACCAUCUAGUCGUUAUGGUAUGGCAUCGGCUAGUGCAAUAGGCAGUGGUUUAUAUAUAUUUGGUGGUUUUGGUAUGCAAGGUUCAUCACAAUUUUAUAAUCCAUACAUAGGAUAUGGACAAUCAGGACUUGCUAGUUAUAAACAAAAUCCAGCAGGAGGAGCAGAUAAACAAAAAUCAAAAACUAUGACUAAACGAGAGGCAGCUGCUAUGACGAAACAAAAUCCAGGAGUAAUGAAUCCACAAAAUUUUAAUCAAAUGAAUCCUAUGGGACAUAAUAAUUAUAAUAAUGAUGAUGAUCGUGCUGAUGAAAAUUUUUAUGCAUUACCAGAUUCUUGGUUUCUUAGUUAUGCAACAAAAAGUUGGCAACAAACACAAACAUCUCAAUAUGGACGUGGUUUUGGUUCAGCAGCUGCAACACCAUAUUCAAGUGGUUUACCAAGAAUUAUUUAUAGUAUGGGUAAAUCACGUGAAUGGAUGUAUUCAACUGUUGAAACAAGUAGUCAAGUUACAUCAGGUUUUAAUCCAAUUGGUGCUGGACAAGGAGCUAUAAUUAUGUAUGAUUUAUCUUCAUUUAAUCCAUCAUAUCCACAUGCUCGUUAUGGUCAUUCAACAACAUUACUCACUGAUAAUCAUCUUUUACUUUAUGGUGGUUGUCUAAGUGGUUAUGGUAAAGGUGGUCCAUGUCCAUCAACAGAUACAUGGUUAUUACAUAUUGAUCGUGGACAUUGGGAACGUCUUUGGGAAUGUCCAACAACAAAAACAGGUGCUGCUAUGGUUACACUUCCAUCAUAUAGUGUGUGUGCAUCUAUGGGUCAAGGUAUAUUUGGUGGAUGGUCAGGAGGUAAUAUAGGAAAUGAACCACCAGUAGCUGUCUUAUGGGGUGGUCGAGAAUUUAAUCCAUCAUCUAUUCGUUCUUAUAUAAGUCCAAAUGAUGAAGUUGCUGUAUUUAGUUUAAGUCAAAAAGAAUGGUUUUUAAAAAGAGCACGUCCAUCAUCAGAGGGUGGUUUUCCAAUACAACGAGAAGGUGCUGCUUAUGUUGCUGGAUGUUUUCAAGGUGCUCCUGGUAUGUUUGUCUAUGGUGGACGAAGUGUUAUCAAUCGUCGUUUACUUUCGGAUCUUUGGUUUUUACAAGCAUCACCACAAGAUGCAAUAAGUGCACCUGGUUCACGUCGAUGUAUUUAUCCAUUUUCAUUUUAUCAUCUUCAUGGAAUAUUUCAAUUUUUUACUUAUGGUGUAAUCUUUCCAAUUGGUUAUUUAGUUGGUCGACAUGCAAAAAAUUUAUCUGUUAGACGACCAUUACAUAUGGCUUUACAACUUUUUGGUGUUGCAUUAGCUAUUUGUGGUUUUGCUUUUGGUGUACAUUCUGUUCGUGCUCCAGCAUGGCUUCAUUUUAAACAUGCACAUGCUAUUAUUGGUAUAAUUACAUUUAUUUUAACAAUUAUUCAAUUUUUUGCUGGAUUAGCUGGUGCUGUUUUUCUCAGUAUGCAUGAUAAAAAAAAUGAAAGUUUUAUUGAAACAGAUAAAAAAUAUACUCAACAAAUAAAACAUCGUGAUACAUGGGGUGGUGAAGGUGCAUGGCGUAUUGGUCAUCGUAUUUUAGGUUUAUUAAUAUUAGCACUUGGUUUUGUUAAUAUAUGUUUAGGUGUUUUUCUUGCUGUAUUACCAUUACCUGUUUGGAUUAUAUGGUAUAUUUAUUUUGGUUUUCUUGUCUUAUUAAUUAUUGGUCUAGAAAUUGUUGCAUUAUUACGUCGUGAUUCUUCUGGUAAAUCUAAAUCAUAUUCACAUACAGAAAAACGAGAGGAUCCAAAAGGUACAUCACAAUCAUCAUUAAAAUAUUCAGAUGAACCAACUGAACAACAUGGAACAGCAAUACAUAUACCACGUCAAGGUGGAAGUCGUGUUGUACCACCAGAACCAUCAAAACGUGAUACUAGUUUACAUCGACGUGGUGGUGGAACUAAUGGUGAUGAUAUGGCACCACUUAUACCUUCACAAAGACAACCAAGACUUGGUGAUGUUACUUCAUCAGCUACACUUCCUCAAUAUCCUCGACCUAAUGAAAGAGAAUAUCCAAUACCACCACGAAAAAGAAGUGGACCAUCUGAAAGUAGUGGUUUUGAUUAUUAUGUUGGUUAUGCACCUGAAAAUGAACAACCUUUGCCACGAUCGACAAUUCAGCAACAAAACGAGCACAAUCUCACUCGAAUUAGGCUCCAAUAA